AUGGGGCUGAAGGAGCAUCAGGGUGGGGGCAGCCCGGGGCUGGGGCAGAUGCAGCCCCCAUGGCACAGCCAGCAUCCCGCAGCCCCACCGCUGCAGGUGGUGAUGGAGAGCGGAGGCGAGGAGGGCAAUGCUGCUGAUGCCAGCGGUCGCUCCACCUUGGCUGGAGGUGGACCAGCAUCACCAGCUGCCCUGCAGCUCGCAGAGGAGAACACGAACCCUGGGGAAAGGGAGUUAAGUGUGAGCGAAAUGGCUUCGAAUGUGCAGAAGGAAGCUGAGGAGGGGAGUGUCCGGGCUGGAGAGGAUGAGGAGAGCUGUGGUCCUCAGCAUCGUGAUGCUCGAGAGAACAUGGAGAGUUGUGGUCCUCAGCCUCGCGAUGCUGGAGAGCCCGGCGGGGUUGCGGCGCUGAAGCAGCAGGUUGCUGCUCUGGAAGAGCAGCUGAGCAAGAAGAAAGAAGAGCUUGAGCAGGUGAGAGCAGUGCUGAAGCAACAAGAUGAUGAGAUCAAGGAGAAGGAGAGAAGUAUUGAGUUACUGGCCAGCUCCAAAGCUCAGCUGGAAGAGCAGCUGUGCCGGGGAACCACCCCUGAGGCACAGCCACCGGCCAGGCAGAGCGGCGGGGCUCUGCAGUGCCACGAUGCUGCGGUGAACACCGACCUCUCACAGGUCGCUGUGGCCAAGCAAGGCCACGAUAAAGGCAUCAACGUAAAUAUCCCGGUCCUCACCAAAUCCGUAGGAUGCAGCGUCUGCAGAGCAGACAACGUGAACGUGCAGGCGAUGGAGUUGGGUGCUCGCAGAGAUCAGGGACGGGCAGAGACUCGCACUGGACCCGGACAUUUUGGUGAAGCCAACGUUGAGGCUGGUCUUCACACACCGUGCUUCACCCAGCUGAAGAUUGAUGAGCACGUCAGCGAUGACAAUCAAAAUCACAGGAAUAACUACGAUACCCAGGGUCUGGCUGCUCCCACAGUGACUGCAGAAAGCUAUCAAGGAACAAGAAUCGGCUCAAACACGGUAGAAAACACGGCAGGCUCUGGGAAAGAUAAACCUCGAGAUGGGCUGGAAGAGGAAGGUCCCCCUGACCACAAGGAUCUCCCCACUGUUGACCCCAUCGGCCAAUAUGUCAAAAAAAUCCAGGAGCUUUUGCAGGAGCAGUGGCUGUGUCUGGAGCACGGCUACCCUGAGCUAGCGAGCGCUAUCAAGCAGCCGGCCUCCAAGCUCAGCUCCAUUCAGAACCAAUUAGUUAAUUCCUUAAACUCGUUGCUCUCUGCCUACUCUACGCAAGGGCCCGCCGAUAAGGAGAAUUCGAACACGCACUAUCAACAGUUGGAAACAUCUCCAACCACAAGUCUUAAAUCUAUCAUGAAAAAGAAAGGUUAUGGUUUCCAUGCAGGAGGCAAUGGGACCAAAAAGAAUCUUCAGUUUGUUGGGGUAAAUGGUGGCUAUGAAACGACUUCAAGCGAAGACACGAGUUGCGAAGACAGCCCAUCGGAUGGGGAUGCGGAGAGCGAGACGGAGAGGAGAGCUGAUGAUUUGGAGCCCAUGCAGGAGACAGCUGGAGGUGGAAGUGAGGGGGCUUCCUCGGGGACGGCCUCGCAGGAGGGACGUGAGGACGACGAUGCGCAGGAGCCAUCGGCAGAAGCAGCGCCUUGCUCUCAGCACAAGGCUGACAGAUCCAAACCCUCCGAAGAUUUCCUUGCUGGCUGCCAGCUCCUCAGCAAGCACCUCUCCGAAAUCAGGACCACAAGCGACAAGCAGCUGCGGCACGUCCUCAGCACCAUCUGCCAGGAGUGGUUCCAGGUGUCGAGCCGCAAAUCUUCCAGCCCAGAGGUGGUUGCGGUGUAUCUCGAGGCGCUGGGGGCCAUCCAGCCCCAGCUCCUGGCAAUGGUGGUGAACCUGGCCGACAGGAACGGCAACACAGCUCUUCACUACAGCGUUUCCCACUCCAACUUCCCCAUUGCAAAGCUCCUGCUGGACACAGGCGUGUGCCGCCUGGACCUGCAGAACCGCGCCGGCUACACGCGUGAUGCUCCCCCCGCUGGCUACCCGGCGGUGAUGCUCACCCCGCUGGCGGCUGCCGAGACGCCCGAGGACAUGGAGGUGGUGAUGAAGCUGCUGAAGGAGGGGGACGUCAACCUGCGAGCCGCCCAG